CGAAGACAAUUGAAAUUAUGAGCCACAACCUUCUACCAGAACCCAAACGAACACGUUGAAAAUCUAAAACUCCACCAUAUUUCCACAAUUCCAUCUCCAAGAAUGGUCUUCCCCGCGCGCGAUGCGGAGGCAUCUCCAGACCCGCACGAGCAACAACUAGACACGGACAUCCAAUCUAUUCGCGCACAGAUCCGCACCCUCCAACGCCGCAAACGCUUCCUUUCAUCAAGCCUCCUCUCCUCAGACUCCAUCCAAAAACACCUCCGCAAAUCCAACACAACCCUAACUUCAAUCCACAAUGAAGUCUCCCCCCUAAUUCGCGCUGCAGGCGCCCACUCCGACUCAAAUCACCAUCGCAUCGCAUUCGGUACAACCGCCUUUCCCUUCAAAGACCCCUCACCCACCGCGCAGCCCGAGGGUUCGAGUUUACUCGGGGUGCGAAUUGACGUUUGCGUACGUGGCGGUCGGUUCGCAAAGCCGUAUUAUGUGUUGUUGAGGAGGGAGCGGGUCCGCGGGGAGAAGGAGGUCAGGCUUAGGGUGCAUCGGCAUACUGUGCCGGCGUUUAUUGAUUUGGGGAGGGUUGAGGGGGCCUAUCUACCUUUUCCUAAGAAGGGAAAGGGACAGGGGAACGGGGGCGAUUCUGAUGGGGAGGGAGAGGAGAGUGAGCCGCUGAAGCCGACGAGGAAGAGUGGAAGGAGACAAGAUUUGCGUGGAUUUGUUCGUGAAUUGCGUCGUGAACUUGUGGCGUGGCAUUUACGUGGCGAUGCAGUUGAGUUACUGCGCGAGAAAUUGGGGUUGAGUGAGGAGUCGCAGAUUGAUCCUGCGGAGCGGUUGUCGCCAGAGUCUAGAGGGGGUAUUGUCGCGUUGGAGCCUACUGCGGUGGAGGCGCGGUAUGUGCGUUUGGAAUGGGAGGAUGGGCGUGUUGGACGGUUCAAGCUGUCUAAUGCUGGGAUUGUCGAACGCGCGGUUGUUAUCGGCGACGAUGGGCGAGAUAAGCAGAUUGAAGAUGCCAUGACUGGUGGCGGUGGGAGGGUGGAGACUCUCCUCGACCGAUUGAAAGAGCGCGGUGCCGUUGCGACAUAGACAGAGAAAUGCUGGAGUUCGAUUGAUAUUUGCAAGGACGAUUUUAUACAUGAUACCCCCACUUAAUGCAUGCAAUAACACAGUCAAGUUGACUAGUGAAGCAAUCUCAAUGUAAAGGUAAUAAUUCAAGGUAUCUAUUUCGCAGAGAUGGAGUAACCCAAGAUCAAAGGCUAUGCACAGGUGGAAACCAAAGAGCCGCCAUGCGUAAUGUAUAAACGAAUAAAGAAAAUGACUGUUGGAAAUUCCCAGAUAUCCACGCACAAGGAAUAGUGAUUACAAGAUGGAUAGUGGGCGUCAAGUGGUAUAAAAGACGAGACUCGCUUCGAACGAGGGUCGCGGAUGCAAGUAUUAAAAGGCGUGCAUAUAAAACAUUAUGAAGACAUCCAGCGGGUAUCAAUGCAACUGGGUUGAGUUCUCACUGCGGGGUCUGGGAUUCAAGUUGAGAAGGUGAUACAGGAUCGGAAAGACUGGUAGUCGAGUCGAGGGUUUCGUUAUUGACGCCGCUGAAAGAGAUAGGCGGCAAUGGACCGUACGGGUGACCGUGUCGGACCUCAAGUUGCUUGCGCAGGAUAGCUUCUUCCAGGUUCCAGCGGUGACGCAACUCGAGUUUCUUAAUAUCUAAAGCUUGAAUCAAGGACGUCUCCUCGAUACGGUGCUCGGCCUGCAAAGCAGUGACGUUCUUGCUAUGCUGAAUGCACAUAUCAUUGAGCUCGCGCUCCAUACGCGCCAUAGCUUCCUGUAGACGGAGCUCUUGACGAUCUCGCAAGACCUUGAUCCGGGCCUCGUGAAGCGCAUCCAUGCUCUCGUGGUCGUGGUACUGUCGUUCAAGCUGUUCCUUUUGCUGGCGCGUGAAGCGGCGCGCGGGUGGAGUGGUUGACUCGGACCCGGAGAAGGAAUCGGAGGAGCGCUGCGCUGCUGGCGCCGGCGAAGGCGGGGGACUGACAUUUCGGAAAUAUCCCUCCAUAUGCUUAAUGCGCGUACGCGAGUUUUGCUUUGCGCGGUCGAAUUCGCGUUGCUGUUCCAUUUCAACGGCGAGCUGGCGCUCUUCCAUGUGAAUGGCAUCGUUGAUAUUCU